AUGGCAAGCACAUCAACAGCACCCCGGACUCCGGUUCGGACUGAGCCUUCCGCUGUCGCCGCAGAAACAAAGGAUCAACGCAGAACGUCAUCUUUAGGCUUCCUUCGUCGCUCCAAAUCAAUUGAACUGUUAGGUGAAAGGAGACCUUCGGCGAGCAAAAGUGGCAAGCCAAUGCCGACGGAAGAGGACUCCCAUCAUCAACGCGCUUCAAUGCUAUACCAUCAAGCUCCUCGUCUUCCGGACCUGUCGCCGGCUCCAGUCCUGGAGACAUUCGGUGGCGAAUCACCCCGAGACACCACUGCAGCGCCUCCCAGCCAGUCCCCCGUGCCCCGACCGCAGGCCGUGUCCCGCAGUGCAAUGAGCACGCCAGUGAAGCCAGAGAGCAGCGAUCCAUACGCACGCGCGGAAAGCAUGGCACACCGUGGUCGUUAUAGCUAUGCGAGCAGCGCUGUCAGCUCCGUCAACAACCCGCGCCGUCUACGGCGGCGCAAAGAUCCUAUUCCGUACAAUGUUCUUGUCAUUGGCGCGAGUAACUCCGGCAAGACGUCGUUCCUCAAAUUCCUCAGAAAGUCUUUGGAAAUGCCACGAAACAAGCAGUCCAUCCGGCAGCCCAACGACAUGGAAGACCAAGAUAAUGAAUCUGCAGCUGGGGAAGGCUACUCUCCCUCCUAUCUUGAAACUGAAAUCGAUGGCGAGCGUGUGGGGCUCACUUUUUGGGACUCACCAGGGCUGGAGAAGAACAUCGUUGAUAUUCAGUUGCGUGGAGUAACAGGCUUCCUGGAGAGCAAAUUCGAAGAAACCCUGAGAGAGGAAAUGAAGGUCAUUCGCUCACCUAAUGCUCGAGACACUCACAUUCACUGCACUUUUCUGAUUCUCGAUCCGGUACGCUUGGAUCAGAAUAUAGCUGCUGCUGAGAGAGCAGCGCACGGGACCCCAAGAUCAACCGACUCAACCAUCAUUGGCAUUUUAGAUGAGAGAUUGGAUGUUCAAGUUCUACGUACCAUGGUAGGGAAGACCACUGUUGUCCCACUCAUAAGCAAAGCCGACACGAUCACUGCGGCGCACAUGGCAUACCUGAGGAAAGCUGUUUGGGAAAGCCUGAAGAAGGCCAACAUCGAUCCUUUGGCAAUCCUGACCUUGGAAGACCAGGAAGAAUACACAUCUUCGGAGAGUGAUGAUGAUGAUGAUGAUGAUGAUGAUGAUGAUGAUGAGAAAUCAGAGCAAGACGAGGGAAUCCCUAGGCCUCUACGCGCUCCCUCCGAACGCAGCCAGGACACGCCCGACUCCCAAUCCGUUCCUCAGCUUCUACCUUUCACAACUUUGUCUCCCGAUCUGUACUCGCUGAAGUCUGCAGACGAGCCUAUUGGUCGUAAGUUCGCAUGGGGCUUUGCUGACCCGUACAAUCCGGAGCACUGCGAUUUCCUGAAAUUAAAGGAGGCUGUCUUUAAUGACUGGCGCAUCGAGCUCCGCGAGGCGAGUCGUGUGGUGUGGUAUGAAAGAUGGAGAACUAGCCGCCUGAACCGUAACAUCGCCACAUCUUCUGCUCCCCCCAAAGAAAUCGCGCAGAAGAAGACAUACGGAGGGAGAACUGGACCCGAUCUCCGUCGCUUCCACACACGUGCGGGCGACCCACGGUCGCGAGGCCGUUCCAAGUCCCCAGGCGGCCGUAUCCGCGAUCGUUCCAAAUCUCGCGACACUCAACAGCCUUCAACCCUCGACCCCAAGUAUUUGUCUUCCGCUCAUGCGGAUGAGAAGUUGAGGCCCAGAUCUAGGAGCAGAGGCGCUGCCCCAGGUAAUUUUUACCGGUCAAGUUCUCGUCAUGGCUUCUCUGAUAGCCGGGAUCACUACUUAGGCAUCGAGCACGGUCGUGAUUACUACUACCAAUCUGACUCAGGAGAAAGCAAAGGUGCAAAGCGCGACUGCAGAUACUCUUCUUCCGCUCAUCGCCGCGAUGCGCGCUACGAUAGUUACUCGGAGAACUCAUAUUCAGACUCGGAGGAUGAUGCACUCGCUUACGGUGACCUUCCCAACGAUGACCUAGAGCGCAGCUAUUACGGGUAUAAGGGUACAAAUCGUGCGGCAUCGCCGCGCCAUGGUGGUGCCAUGAUGUCUGGUGCGCUGAAUCCGGGCGUGCCUGGAGCUGGUGUGUCAUCGCGCUUGGGAGAUGGUAUCAAGGAGCAGCCCCAUCCUUCGCAUUACGGUGAUCCUAUCGCUUCGCACACCCUAUCCUCCAAAUGGGCACCGAUUCCUGAGUGUGAGCGACCGGGCUUUGUAACCCCAUUGUCGCAGGGACACGGUCAAGCGAUGCCUGGGGCGUUUCCAGCCGGCUCUACACAGCCUGAUAUGCCUGCCACCACCGCUGCAGCUCCAAUGCCAACGUACAGAUAUGUCGAUCCAGAGCGCACGCAAAAUCCUUACGCACCGCAGAAUGGUCGCACACCGUCAAUGUCUGCCACCAGUGCAUACACAGCUGGAGGGGCCCCUUCAAACCACCAGCGGUCUGCAUCGAGCGAUGCGGCGGUCAAGCCUUCAUAUGCUGCGCCAUCUCCGUUUCAGUAUGCGCAAGUUGAUCCCAAUGUGAAAUACUCAUCCAAGAGCGCAGGGAAUAAUGCUGCCAAGCCACCUACGCAUCCCGCAACUCCUCAAUAUCCGAAGAGUGGUGGCACACAAACCAAUGAACCGCCGUACAGCGGUGUUAAAUACGCAGCUGCUCCUCAGUUUGCCAAAAGUUCAUCGACUCGUCAAGGAGGCGGUCCGCAGUACGUCGAGAUUGCACCUGGGAACCGUACUGUCAGCCGACCCCAUAGUCAUUCCGUGUCCUCAGCCCACAACCUCGCAGUAGUUGGCCCUGAUCCGACCCAGCGACCGGCAAGCCCGCUACAGGAGCCCUACAAGGGGACUUACCAGAGUAUUUCGCCAAUGCCAUCGCCUAUCGUGAUUUCGUCACGAUUGGAUGACGACGUUUCAGACUUAGAAUUGGUGGGUACUAGUUCAGACGAGGGAAAAAGGGAGCACAAGCGCAAGAAGAGCAGAGAUGAGAAAGAUCGUAAGGAACUGAAACCCGACGGUGCGAAACGGGAGAGUAGCCGAGUGCGGCACGAACGACAUGGGUCCACUGGACCUAAUGCCCUCGUGGUGAUCACUCCUGGCAGCAGUCGAAAACGUGUCACUUUUUACGACGCCGGUCCCGAUGCCCUGGCCCUGCAGCAGGCUCUAUCGCAUGCUCGACAUGUCGACAACAAGACCCUUAUCAAGGUGCUACCACAUUUGACGAGCGACGAGAUCUUGGACUUGCGGAAGGAGUACAAGAAACACGUCAAGGUACACGGGAAGGGGGUGAACUUGGCUAAGCAUGUUCGGCUUUGCCUUGGUAAUAGUGCUUUUGGUAAAGUAUGCUAUGCCACUGCUCUGGGCCGUUGGGAAUCCGAGGCCUAUUGGGCAAAUUGCUACUACCAGUCAAGCACUUCUCGGCGUGAAUUGCUGAUCGAGUCCUUAUUCGGAAGGACCAAUACUGAGAUCAGCGAGAUCAAAGAAUGUUUCCGAGACUCGCGAUAUUCGGACAGCUUGGAAAAGUGUAUGAAAGCCGAAUUGAAGGCGGAUAAGUUCCGGAUGGCCGUGUUGCUUGCACUUGAAGAGACUCGACAGAGCGAACGUGAUCCGCUCGACUCGGAGCUUGUUGAACGAGAUGUGCACGAGUUACACCGCGCUCUAGUCUCGCGCCAUGGGGGUGAGACAGCGAUGAUCUACAUCAUUGUUCGUCGAAGUGAUAGUCAUCUUCGGGAAGUUCUGCGCGCUUACGAGAAGAUCUACGAGCGCAAUUUUGCUCGGGCCAUGAUGGCAAAAUCACAAAAUCUUGUGGGUGAGACACUUGCACAUAUUCUUAACGGAGCUAUCAACCGGCCUAUGCGUGAUGCUCUUCUCAUACACCAAGCGCUGCGCGAAUCGCGAACCGGCAAGGAGCGAUCGGAGCUCUUGAUCUCGCGUCUGGUUCGGCUUCAUUGGGAGCCCCGACACCUGGAAAAGGUCAAGAACGAGUUCCGCCAGCGCUACCGCGAGCGGCUAGAGGAUGCCAUCGCGGAAGAGGUGCUGACGACCAGUGGAGGUAGCGAAUGGGGUGAAUUCUGUAUUGAGCUAGCUCGCAGCUCUAAAACUCUCGUCGGCCGUGGCUGA